GAAGAACCUAUUUUCUCAAGCUUGCCAGUAACAAUAAAAAUAAAAAUUUGGAUAUCUAACAAUUUUAUAUUUAAAGCGUUACGGUCAGAUUGGAUUAUGAGUGCAGCACCAGCUCCAUGUGACUGGCAAACCACACGUAAACUGGUGAAGGACAGAGGACAAUAUUUAUUGGAAAGUGGAAUAUGGAGCGAUUGUCGAUUUAUUGUGGGGGCAGAACCUAAUCAACAAGUUCUCCAGGGGCACAAACUAUUUCUAGCUAUGGCUAGUCCAGUGUUUGAAGCCAUGUUCUUUGGUGGAAUGGCAGAAAAAGAUCCUAUAGCAAUCCUAGAUGUUCAACCAGAUGCAUUUCGAGCCCUCUUGGAAUACAUUUAUACCGACAAAAUUAAUCUUACAUCUUUUGAUCAAGCGUGUGAACUUUGCUAUGGAGCAAAAAAAUAUAUGUUGCCACAUUUGGUUGAUGCUUGCACUAGGUACUUAUGGUCUGAUCUGUAUCCAAAAAAUGCAUGUAGAGCUUAUGAAUUUGCCAGAUUGUUUGAUGCGCCAGAUCUCAUGGCUAAAUGUAUAACAAUUAUAUGUGAACAGACACAAGAUGUGCUUUCAGAGAGUAGUUUUGAGGAAGUGGAACUUAAUACUAUCUUAACUGUAUUUGAUCAGGACGUGUUAAAUAUAAGCUCAGAACUUGAGUUAUUCUCAGCAAUAGCUCGUUAUGCUGCAAGAAUUAAAUACCCUAGAGUGGAUGAUUCAAUCGGUCAUGCAUCUGUUGAAACUAACAAUCCAACUCGUCCAACAUUACAAGAUGCAAUAAAAAAAAUCAGAUUUUUAACAUUAACUCCUCAGCAGUUUGCAGAGGGACCGGGAAAAUCUACUUUAUUAUCCGAAUCUGAAAAGUUUGCUAUUUUAAUGAAUAUCUGCUCACCAAGUGCAGCAGUUCCAUAUCCAGAGGGAUUUUCAAAACAGACAGAACCUCGUAAGAAGAAACCAUCAGAAUCUUCAAAUUGGGAAAUGCCACCAAUGGAUACUUCAAGAACGUCAAUGAUAAAAUUUAAUACCUCUAACAUCGAAAGCAAUAACGAAACCCCAAAAAAGAUGAUAUGCAAUCGUCUGUUACUGGGAACCACGGAAUGCAUGAACACAAGCGUACUAGAUUGCGCGCUCACGUUUACAUGUGAUAAAAACGUUUGCGUUUAUGGAAUUCAGGUCCCUGCACAAGUUCCUUUGGAGGAGGAUCAUCAACCACAAUAUAUUUAUCCAGAACUAUUGUACGCACAUCUAUUAGAUGCCGAAGGCAGCAGGUUGACUUAUACUCACUUUACCAGCAGAGUGAAUUAUCGAUCGCUGAUCGAAAUUUCAUUUAAUCGACCAGUCUACAUUCAAAGAAAUAAGGUGUAUAAGGUAGGAGUUGUUUUGAACAAGAUCGGAUUUUACCCCAUUGGAACAUAUUCCAGUCAGACCAUGUGUAACGGAGUCACUUUUACAUUUUCGCCAGGCCAAGGAUUUGAUUCUAUUCGAGAUGGUCUGAUCCGCUCGAUUAUUUUCUCAAUGCCAUCCAAUAACGGCAAUAUGAACAAUCCGGGCAUGUCGGGUAUUAUGUAAUUGUCUAGGAUUUGUUGCAUAUGUGUUGUAUCAUUGUUCUUUGAACUAUGAUGAUAAUUUAGCGUUAAUGUCUGAGUUAAAACUGUUUGCAUAUUUGAAACAGAUAAGUAAAAUUUGUGGACUCCUUUUAUACAUCUUGAAAAUGGUGAAUUGAAAAAAGCUUAUAAUCUAUAAAGGCCUAAUAUAAUAAAGUAUUAUAGAAGUUUUUUAAUUUUUGUGUUUAGUGCUCGGCAUGUUCCAAAACUUUAAAGGAGGCGUUUAUCAAACUUUUUGCAUAAUAUACUAUUAAAUAAAUAUUCAAUAUUGACAAAAAUGAGUAUUUAUACAAGGAAUACAAUUCACAAAUUUUAAUUACUUACCUUUUUUAUCUGUGCAGCAGUGUAAUUUAAUUUAUUGUAAAUACAUAGUCUUUGUUAAAAAAAGUAUAUUUUAUUUAGAAUUUUGUUAUUUAUUUUGUUCCCUUAGUCCCAAUUAUUAUUAUUAUUAUUAUUGUUUCUGUGGAACUAAAUCAUUGGGUGUGUUUAGUUAUAUGUCAAUAAAAAAAAUGCCUGGUGUUAAAAGAUAUAUUUCGUAGUACUAUUAAAUUUUAAUUUUCAGUUUGUAGGACCUGGCAAUUUAUCUGUGCAGAUAAUUUACUCACUAAUUUUAAUGUUAAUAAAAAGUGGUGUGGCCCCUCAGUUUCUUAAUUCUAAUUGCCAAAUUGUGGAUAUAAACUAUGCAUAAAUAUUUAUCAUUCCAAUUUAGCAAAUAAAAAUAGAACUUUUUGUAACUUUGAUUAUUCUUGUAUUUAAUUCAUGUGAACAAAUAAUAUUUUAAAAAAUACUACAAAUAAACCCACUUAACCAGUAAAAGUUGUAGUCAUGGUACUACUAUAUCGAUCGCUUUGCAUUAUUCAGAUUUAUUUCUUAAAAGUGAUUGAAAAAGUGUAAUGAUGCCUUACUUGCAAUAACCAGGGAAAAUAUGCUACAUUUUAUUUAAAUUAUUUAAAUUGGAUUGGAAUUGAUCCUAGUCAUUUUACGAAAAAUAUUAGGGAAAAAGGAAUCACGCUUAAUUUUAAAUGAUUCAGAUAAUGCAUUUUAUAAUUUACAUUUCUUUUUAACGUAAAAUUAUAAUAAAUAUCACUGACAAACGUGGAUAUGCAUGUAUAAAUGUAUGUAUAAAUAUCUCUCGUUCCGUUUUAGCAAAUAAAAAUAGAACUUUUUGUACCUUGAAUUAUUUUUGUAUUUAAUUCAUGUGAACAAAUAAUGUUUUAAAAAAUACUAAAAAUAAACUCAA